AAACGCCAUCUUCCUCAGACCCAGUUCCAUUAUCUCAGGAAUCUAAAGCUUUCCCUCCUGCACCAUAUUUCAAGCCAUGCAUUCAUCUGUCUUAUCUUCCCAUUUCUCUGCUCAAUUGUAUGUGGCUCACUGAGAGUAAUCUGGAGAUUACUACUUUAGAGGUCCUGCUUGCCAACUUUAUAUCCUGCUCCCUAAAUGAUGAUUGCAGAUAAAAUCCUCCUUCCUAUCUAUGUCAUUAGUACCAAUAUGGACAAUGACCAUUGGCUGUUUGUCCUCCAGAAGAAGAAUAUUGUACAGCCAUUCCAUGACAUUCUUCACCUUGGCACCAGGGAGGCAACGUGCCAUCACAUUGACAGCUGCAAACACACUUGUCUGUUCACUUAACUAAAGAAUUCCCUGUCAGCACUUCCCUUUGCUCUUCUUCCUCCUCUCCUGUACAGCUGCCACCCAUGGUGCCAGUGGCUUGGCUUGGCUCUUGCUACGUUCCUUCAAAGAUCCAUUAACAUUACUGAUAUCCAGUACAGAUAAUGGUCUCAUGACCUGCAGGACUUCUGGGAAAACCUUCUUUACCUGCCUGUUUCUCUUGGUCUUUUUUGUGCAGUCAUCCAUUCCUACCUUCUUGCUUCCCCUAAUGCACAGUGUGACCAUCUCUCUGAAUGUGCUGUCCAUGUAGUUCUGUGCCUCACAGAUACACCUCUGUGACUCUAGCUGCUGCUCAAGUUCUGAAACCUGGAGCUCAAGCUUGUACAGCUAGUAACAGUUUCUGCACAGGGGCUCAUCUACCUAAAAGCAUCCACAACUCUCACCUGCUACAGGAUGACCAUUCUACUUGACCAAGCUGCACUGCCAUACCUUAACUUAUACUUUAGAGUUACUUUACCAUCUGUGACUUUAUCUACUUUACCUUGCUCUUGCACUACUCUCUAAAAACCCGGGAUAAGUAGAAAAUAGAAAUUCUUUACCCCUUACUCAUCAGUCAGUUCCGUCUCCUGUACCUAUGAUUUUUUUCUUUCUCUGUCUUAGUUUAGAAAUGUAUGUUUUCAAAAUUACUGAAGUUGAAAUACAGUCUAUAAGAGUAGCUGUUCAACCAGUCAACUCACAACUUGCCUGUGACAGCAUACAUAAUUUUUCUCCUCGCACUGUUUCAUCUGAUGUUCACUCCCUUGCCCUCCUUCCUCCCGCAGCAGUAAAGGAGGAGUUUGUAUUUGUAUGAAGUCUUGCUUUUUAUCAAUGGCAAUGUUAAGUUACACAUGGCGUUUUUAUUACCUUGAAACAUAUUGCACUUUUUUUAGGUUGAUUGAAGAGUUCAUGUUACUGGCAAACAUGGCAGUUGCACAUAUCAUCUAUGGUUUAUUCCAUGAACAAGCUUUACUACGCCGACAUCCACCACCACAAACAAACAUGCUCGAUGACCUCGCUGCAUUCUUUGAGGAGCUGGGAGUUAAGCUUGACUUACGAACUGCAGGCGCAUUACAUAACACCCUAAAUGAAACUGUUGGGAAUGAUCAGUAUUCUGCUGCCAGAAAAGAAGUACUGACCCAUAUGUGCUCUCGACCAAUGCAGAUGGCACAGUACUUCUGUACUGGAGUCCUUCGUGAUGAAACAUUAUUCCGCCAUUAUGCACUCAACGUGCCUCUCUACACUCACUUCACUUCCCCUAUUCGCCGUUACGCUGAUAUUAUUGUGCAUCGACUUCUUGCUGCAUCACUUGGUUCUGGCCAUCAGUUUGGUUUAGAUAAAAGUGACAUUCAGAAACAAGCAGACCAUUGCAAUGCAAAAAAGAGUGCUUCAAAAAAAGUACAAGAGCUUAGCACUGAUAUUUUCUUCUCUGUUUUUGUGAAGGAAUGUGGCCCUCUGGAAUCUGAAGCCAUGGUAAUGGGGGUUUUGGAUCAAUCCUUUGAUGUUUUGGUUCUACGAUAUGGUAUCCAGAAGCGAGUCUACUGUAAUGUAAGUAUUGUUUAUUAAAAAUGUCUGAAAGGUUAAAUAUUUUCCAAAUUAGUCAUUCACUCAGAUUAUAUU